AUGCACUGUUUAACCCUCUCUAAACCCUUACACCUCUUUGUUCUGGGAGCAAAGUCACCGGUGAGAUGUUUGGUCUACGAAGCCGAUAAACCAGAGCAGCCGAUCGACAAAACAAAGUCUGAGACAGCAAAGAAAUUGAAGAUCGGGAUCUACUUCGCUUUGUGGGCUUUAUUUUGUUUCAACAUCUACAACAAGGAGGCCUUGAGCGCUUACCUUUAUCCAUGGCUUACCUCCAUUCUCUCUCUCAUCGCUGGUUUGUUGAUGAUGUUGUUCUUUUGGGCUGUUGGCAUCGUUGAGACUUCUAAAACUGAUUUCAGUUUCUCAAAAAAUACCUUUUCCGACAAGUGGAUUAGUGAAAAG